UUUUUUUUUGAGCCAAACGCGUGCUUUGCUCUUUAUCUUUGCCGAAUUGUGCUCUUUCCGUGAUCGUGUGUUUCGUGCCCAACACAUCGAUACCUUCUAGUUUUCGAUACCGGGUUCCUUCAAGAAUUCAUCUCUUUUUCCUGGAAUCGAUCGAUCGUUCGUUGUUGCUGCAGAUCGGCAUCUGAAGGUUGGGACCCAAUAGAUGGCAAGCAGGUUUGGGGAAUCAACGAGUAGAUCACCUCCAAGCCCUACCUACUCCAGCAACAAUAGUAACAGCGAUGCAGGCAAUUUUGAAUGCAACAUAUGCUUUGACUUAGCACAAGACCCUAUCAUUACUUUAUGCGGUCAUCUUUUUUGUUGGCCUUGUCUUUACAAAUGGCUUCACUUUCACUCACAGUCACGAGAAUGCCCUGUGUGUAAGGCCCUCAUUGAGGAGGAGAAAUUGGUCCCCUUAUAUGGGAGGGGGAAGUCCUCAUCUGAUCCAAGGUCGAGGUCUGUUCCUGGUGUGAACAUACCACAUCGUCCAGCAGGUCAGCGACCAGAAACUGCCCCACCACCUGAAUCAAACCACUUUCCUCAACAUGGGUUUGGAUUCAUGGGUGGGUUGGGAGGGUUUGCUCCAAUGGCAACAACAAGGUUUGGGAAUUUUACAUUCUCCACAGGAUUUGGUGGUUUUAUUCCAUCGUUGUUUAACUUUCAACUGCAUGGAUUUCAUGAUGGAGCUAUGUAUGGCAAUCCAACUGGUUUUCACUAUGGAUUUCCUAAUUCAUUUCACGGUGGCCAUGCUCAUGGAUAUUAUCCUCGUCACACAGGUCAAGGGCAACAGGAUUAUUAUCUAAAGAGGCUUCUUAUGCUCGUUGUUUUUUGUGUUGUUCUUGCUUUUAUUUGGCAAUAGAUCGGAUAAAGCUGAACCUGCUAUAGGAAACAAUGUUUUUUCCAAACUUAAGUUAGUGUAGAUCUGGUGCAAUUUGUAACUAAGGAAAUUGUUCAUAUUUUGCUUUAUCAGUACUGCUGUAGCUAUCUUUGUGAUUAAUUUCUGUUAAUCGAUUUGCAUGUUUCCCGUGUGCUUGAUCUCAUAUGCAGAGAAAGCAAGGAAACACAUGGAUGGACGUUAGUUUGAUGAUUA